GGCCAUUUUUCUCUUUCAUAUAAAAAAAAACACACAAAUCACCGAGCACGCAGAGAGAGCUACUAGUGCUUCUGUUACUUCCUCUACAGCGUUUCUUCUUCUUCAAUUAGGUUUUCAUCUUCUUCUACUUCACCGACCACAACAAUGAAUUUGAACAUCUUCAAGAAGAAAACCUCACCCAAAGAAGCUUUGAGGCAAAGUAAGAGAGACAUGUCUGUUGCAACUAGAGGAAUUGAAAGAGAGAUAGCAUCUCUUCAGAUGGAGGAAAAGAAGUUGGUGGCAGAGAUUAAAAGAGAAGCAAAAACUGGAAAUGAGGCUGCUACAAGAAUCCUGGCUCGUCAACUUGUUAGGUUACGCCAACAGAUAACCAAUUUGCAGGGAAGUCGCGCUCAGAUCAGGGGUGUAGCAACUCAUACACAGGCAUUAUAUGCAAGCACUUCAAUCUCUACAGGGAUGAAGGGUGCAACUAAAGCAAUGGUAGCAAUGAAUAAGCAAAUGGCACCGGCAAAGCAGGCUAAAGUGAUUCAAGAAUUCCAAAAACAAUCAGCACAGAUGGACAUGACGAUUGAGAUGAUGUCAGAAUCUAUUGAUGAAACUUUAGACAAAGAUGAAGCCGAGGAAGAAUCAGAAGAGCUCACUAACCAGGUUCUUGAUGAAAUUGGAGUGGAUAUUGCAUCCCAGUUAUCUUCUGCUCCGAAAGGUCGGAUUGCGUCAAGGAAUACGGAAAAUGUUGCUGCAAGAUCAGAAUCCCAAGAUGUUGAAGAACUUGAAAAGAGAUUGGCAUCUCUCCGAAGAAUAUAAAGAUCCACAACAGUUGUUGACAUAUAUGUUUUCUAAUGUACAAAUUCAUCAUAUAUAUUCUAUAUAAAUGUAUUAUUGGCACCUCAUAUUGUUACUGAUUUCAUUAGAAUGUGUUAGUUAUCAAGAAUAGUUGUGGGACUAGAAUUCUAUGUAUCACUAGAAGAAACAUUUAUAAAUUUGGCUUUUGUUUGGUUAGAA